AUGGCCAACGCCAGCAGCCCCGAGGAGAGCUCUCUCACCCAGGGCGCCGUAGCGCCGGCGGAGUCUGACCCAAAAAGUAGCGUAGAACCCGGCUCGGCGGAGAAGCCCGAGCCCAGCGAGGCCCCUUGUGACAGAGAGGAUGAGGAAGAGGAGGAAGACGCGGCGGGUCAGAGUGGCAAUCCGGAGUGGGUGGAGGAGAGGUUCAGGAUUAAUAGGAAGAAGUUGGAGAGCAUGUUGUACGCUCCGAAGACUGGAGAUGCGAUGACAGGCGAAGAGUUUUUUGAGAGAGUGAUGAAAGAGACUGACACUCAGGUGAAAUGGCCUUCCAAGUUGAAGAUUGGAGCCAAGUCAAAGAAAGACCCACAUGUCAAGGUGGAAGGGAAGAAAGACAAUGUUUUGGAAGCCAAAAAGAAGAUCUUAGAAGUUCUAGAAACCAGGGCAAACAAGGUGACCCUGAAAAUGGACGUGGCUUACACGGAGCACUCCCACGUGAUUGGCAAAGGUGGCGGAAACAUCAAGAAGGUGAUGGAAGUCACUUCCUGUCAUAUCCAUUUCCCAGAUUCCAACCGCCACAAUGCCGCAGGAGAGAAAAGCAACCAGGUGUCGAUUGCUGGACCUAUCGAGGGAGUGGAAGAGGCCAGGAGGAGGAUCAGAGAUCUACAGCCGCUGACUUUGACGUUCGACCUGCCGGUCAGUCUGGCUCCCCAGAGCCUGCCGGACGCCAGCUCGCCUCUCAUCCAGCAGGUGGCGCAGACGUUAGGGGUCAGCGUGAGUUUCCGAGCCGUGCCUCCGCAGCCUCAGGCGCAGCCCGCCUUCUUCGGGAGCUGCUGCACAGUUUGGGGCCUGCAGGGCAACGCCUCCGCAGUCAAGAAGGCGACUUGCGUUCUGAUGGAGCUGCUGCUGGGGUCAGAUAUAACAGGGAGCGUGGUGAGCAGCCAGCUGGACGUGACCUCGCAGCAGCAUCUCUUCUUGUUGGGGCAGAACGGAGCUCACUUCCUGAGUGUGAUGCACCACACACAGACCCAGAUCAUUCUACCUGACCUCAGCGCACCUCAAAACGUCCCCUCGCUAGUUAUCCAGGGUAGCCCCGAUGGAGUUUGUCUGGCCCGGCAGCAACUCAUGGACUGCCUGCCAGUGUGCUUGAUGUUUGACAUGCGGGAAGAUGCUGAGGCAGAUCCUAGCACGCUCGCUCAGAUGAUGCAAAACCUUGGUGUUUUCAUUAGCGUCAAGCCGAAAGCGAAACAGAGCAACAAGUCCGUGGUGGUGAAAGGUCUCGAAAGGAACAUCCAGUGUCUUUACGAAGCCCGUCGCCUAUUGUUGGGCUUGGAUUCUUGCGAUGCCGCAAAGGAAACCAGUGUGGCGCCUGAUGCCGUUCUGGCCAGCAAUGAGUUGACCAGCUAUUGGCUCAACAUGUUGCUGCAACAGCUGCGUCUUUCGGAACACGGACCUUUACCUUCUCCUGUUCCUGAGGUUCCAAGUGCUACAAAGUCUCGUCCAUCACCUCCACCCGGGUUACCUGCCCCCAAUGAAGAAAGCAGGGCGGUACUGAAGGGAACAGACAGUCGCCCGCUGGAGAAGAUCCUUGAAAACGACGACCAGUCCAGCCAAUCAGAUGACGAAAACUCCAAGGAUAUGAUGAUGAUGACAUCAGCGGAGGAAGCGAUGAACAUCCCCGGUGGCCUCAGGACGACGCUGAUGGGUCGAAGGGGAAGUCUGCAGAGUCCAGAGUUGAUCAAAGUUUUCAACCAGGCUAGACGUCAUUCCACAGGACAGGCGUUUACAUGCAGGUUGCUGAAUGCAGAAACGGAGCGAGGGAAGACGGAGCGCAGGAACAGCCUGAGGAGAGACGUGAUGCUGUCCCGGGAUGUUUGCGUCGACGUCUCAGAAUCGGAGGUUUACGACUAUGAGAAAAAGAAAUUGCUUGCGACCAGAGCGAUGCAGAGAAAGCCUGUGGUGACCGAAGUCCGGACACCCACCGACACUUGGAGUGGCCUCGGCUUUUCCAAAUCCAUGCCAGCGGAGGCUGUAAAGGAAAUGCGCAAUAUCAGUCGUCGCAGCUACAAACCCUACUUGAGCACAAGCAGCAGCCAGUCAUGGGCCAAUCAGAGUGGGACAGCGUCUAACGGGAGCAACUCAGACAACUGGAGGGACAGACGCGGAUCCCAGCCCGCCUCCUCGUCUUCCUCUUCCUCCUCUUCUUCACCGUCCUCCCCACCACCGACCUCCUCCUCCUCCCACUUCCCUUCUUUUGCAUCCAACAGAAACAGAAGCGACAAACCCCAGGACGUUUUCCCGGGUUGCAACUACUUUGACGACGUGUGCUUAUCGAGGAGGGCGUCCAGCUGUAGUCAGCGUAGCUCCUCCCCACAGAUGAUGGACGACUUGCCAGAGCUUCUCAGCCAGCUGGGCUUGCUGAAGUACAUUGAUGUGUUGGAACAACAAGAGAUCGACUACCACACGUUCCUCACACUGUCUGAUGAAGAUCUGAAGGAAGUUGGAGUCUCCACCUUCGGAGCCAGACGCAAGAUGUUAAUAGCCAUCUCGGAUCUGAACAAGAGCAAGAGGAGACCUUCGGACACGCCCGGCGUCAAGUCCGGAUACCUGGAAGGCGGCGCCAGUGGUAGAUUGCCUCGCAUCGCGGACGUGGAAGUCGCGGCCUUGAGUAACCGCUGGUGA